CUUGCAAAAUACAUAAUAAAUUUUGUCGCAUCUUUAUUUUUAUCCGUAUAGCUCCGUAAAAAAUUAGUAUACGUUUUUAAAGUCAAUAUUAAAAUUGUAAAAGCCAAUAUUAAAAUUGUUGUAGCCUAAGCUAACACCAGUGCAUAGCAACAAAAAGCGAUUUCGUUGCUAUGCAUAUAUUCGCUAAACGCGAAAGUAACGGAUCGUCUUUCGAGACUUCCUCCCGAAAGACGUGCAGAAAACGCGACAACGACGGAAGACAAGAUAGUCUUUCGCCGGAUGCCGCAUCGCCGCCGAUUCAGCAUAUAGCCGACCUGCAAUUUAGCGUCAGCAAUAGUGGAGGAUAAAAAGGGCCUCCGAAUCGGGAAACGGUGGAGAAUAAUUCGAACAACCGCUAGAGCAACAUCACGGCCGUGCGUAACUAAUACGUCGAGCCGUGAAGCGAUAAGAAGAUACCGCGCACCGCAGCCCGUAGUAACAGGGCAUCUAAGUGUAAGCAACCACUGUAUAAGAAGAAGUAUUGAGAAUAAAUCUACAUUAUACUACAUCAAGAAAGGUGUUUCUUGAUUGGCAACCCGUCUGAGCUGCUGCCUUCCCGUGAGUUCUAACUCUUUGGGCAAAAGCGAAUCCCGAUAUACCUACCGACGUCCCUGGAGCCAUCACCGGGGCACAACAGUAAAAUUGGUGGCAGCGGUGGGAUUCCGCUUAACAUAUCGCUCAGAAGAAGCCAGGAAGAGAGUAAUCCUGCAAGUCGCAUCGACGUCAGCUGAGAAACAACGCCAGGGAAAUCGCACAAAGAAGGACGACACCUGCCAUUAAUCGAGAACAUCGAGGAAAUCAUAAUACUUCAAGGGACAACCGGCGAAAUAAAGGACCAGGGCGAAGGAUCACAGUCCCGUCAGCCGAAACGAGACAACAGGCCAUCCCUGAGAUCACCGCCGACCUACCGCAACAACCAGCGAGCCGACGAACGCGAGCCCAGCUGGAGCGUGCAGAUAACACCAGAGGAGGCGCAACCCGACACCAACAUGCGAGCGAGCACUGCGCUACUACUGUGUUGCAUUGCGUGGACCAACAUCGUGAGAACGAAACUAAAGACCGCACCAACUAAAGGAACAGAAAAUCAACCGUACGAAAUAGAGAGAUUUGUCCACCAUCCAGGAAUAUAUUUCGAGAUAAUAGGAAACCUUCACCAAUUAGACUCAACAUGGAAAAUGGUGAUCCGAAUAGAUUCCACAUCGUUAACAAAUCGAUUGGAACAAUUGAGACAAUAUCUACAAAAAACAAAAAGUAUGUGCCACUUUUUUGCAGUCGCAAAUAAAGAUACAUGUCAAAACCUAUACGAGAUUACAAAAGAUGACUAUGAAGAAAUAAAUAAAGAGCUAAUAAAAAUAAAUUCCAUGUGCGAAUCAUCAGAAUUAAGAAAAAGAGGCCUAGUUGACGGAAUAGGCACAAUAGCCAAGUCUUUAUUUGGCACAAUGGAUUCCAACGACGAAAAAAUAAUUAACGAACAAUUAACCGCAUUACAUGACGAACAACAAAAGGCACAACAUGCAGUAAAAAAUCAAAUUAAAAUACUGCAACAAACAAUAGCUCAUAUGGAUAACACGGAAGAAAUAAUACAAAAAAACGAAAAUCUUCUCGCAAACGCGACAAAAAAUCUAAGGGAACACCUAAUAACCAAUGAACGUCAAAGUAAUAUUCACGAACAUUUUAUCACAAUCAACGCAAUCGUAGCAGACUUAAACCGCGACAUAAAAGAUACACUAGAUUAUUUAACCACAAUAAAACAAGGGAUCUUACAUCCCAGAUUAGCACCGAUAAAAAAUAUAAUAGAAAAUCUAAAAGAAGCGAGCUUACAAUUGCCGGAAGGACUCUACUUCCCAUUCCGCAUUAACAAAAAUAAAUGGUUCGAGAUAGAAAAAGUAAUAACUAUAAGCGCGUACUGCGACACUAACAAUAUAUUCUCGAUAUUAGAAUUUCCAUUAAUAUCACAUCCAAAAUAUAAAAUAUUAAAUAUAAUUUCGUUACCUGUACCGGAAAGCGAAAAUAUAGCUACGAUCAUCAAGAUAAAGAAUCCGUUAAUAGCGAUAAGCUCCGAGCAACGCGCGUACAUAACACUUUCGCAUAAUGAUCUACAAGCGUGUAAACUUACUAACACUGAUUAUUUAUGCAAACAAAAUUUCCAAAUACAAAAAAUAAAUAACAACCCAAUUUGUGAGGUAAACAUAUAUAUAGAAAAUAAAAUUCAAAAAGAAAAUUGCGAGAUAAAGCAAAUCAUAACAAGUAACAUCAUGUGGAUACCCCUAAAAAAUCCACAUGCAUGGUUAUACUCAUCGCCAACGAAACAAUAUAUUAAUAUAAAUUGUAAAGACCACGGACAAAUAAAACAAGAAAUUGAAAAUACUGGUAAAAUAAAAUUAAGAAAUAAUUGUGAAAUUAUAAGUCAUGAAAUAAUACUAAAAUCACCAAAAGUAAUGAAUGAAACGAGAAUAGAAUCAUAUCUACCAGAGUACAAUAUCUCACUACCAAGAGAUAAUGUAAAUAUAUCUCAAGCGAUACAAAUACAGAAAAUCAAUACAAAACAUUCAGAAUUGAAAAAUCUACAAACAGAGUUACAAGAAUUGAAUGAUGACAUGAAUAAAAAUAAUAAUACGUAUUUUCAAUCAAAACAUUUUAUUUAUCCAAUGGCAACCAGUGGCUCUACCAUGAUAAUAGUCACAAUAAUUGUUAUAAGCCUAAUAAUAUACGUUAUAAGGAAAAAGAAACGGAGUAACUCCGAGAAACGUGUAACAAUAGAAUUAAAAGAUAACGAUGAACCAAAAUCAAUUUUCAAACGUAACAGAAGUGCACGUUUCUAACUUAAUAACCUUUUUUUUUUUUUUUUUGGAAACUCCGUUUUCUUUUCCGACGGGGGAGGGGUAUGCAGAAAAACUCCUUCCCUUCGUUUUUCUUUCCCAACGGGGGAAGAGUGUUGUAGCCUAAGCUAACACCAGUGCAUA